AUGGCUACAACCACAACCACACACUGUAUACUGUAUCCUAUAGAUGCACUCAACAAGCAACAGCAGCAACCAGAGCAACAACCAGAUAUUAACAUCAUGCAAUGCUUAUCACCCUCCUCAUCACCGCUACUACCAGAACAAGAAUCAUCCAACAUCAAUGUUGUACAAUUACCGCCUACACCUACAGCGAGCGAUGAUGAAAUUGAGGCAGAAGAGGAACAAAAGCUACUAAAAGAAAAGAGCAUCAAACUUCAAAGAAGAGGCACUGUGUCUCUUGCUGAUCUGAUCCCUGUGGCAUCUGCUGCCUUGAGAGCCAAGCAUCGACAAAGUAUGAUGGCUGCACAACCUACACAAGAUUCAGCUUUAGCGCGGGCUUUAACCAAGGUUAAGAUUGGAGUACAGACACAUCGCCUUAAAGAGAGAUAUCUGUUGAACGAGUGGAUUCGACUAGCCUUGGCAGCGCCUGUCGAUGAAUCUACCAUCAACAGUUCCAAGCGAGUGUUGAGAACAAAUCGAACCCUGGAGAUUGUGAAAUGGUAUGAACACAAGUUUAAGAGAGCAACACUAUCGUUAGAUGAACUUGAAAAACGAGUGGAUGGUCUGAGGCAACAAAAGCUGCUGGUACAACAACAACAACAACAACAGCAACAGCAGCACCAGCACCAGCUACUAGAACAACAGCAGAGUAUGACAAGUAUUAGCAGCAUCUCUUCUUUACCUUCACCUCCUGUAACUCAUUUAAAUUUUUCUAAAGUAGCUUCAAUCUAA